AUGGCCUCUGCCCCGCCUGCUACCGUCCUCGCCGGCGCCGCCCCGGCCGCCAUCACUCAGGCCGCUGUCGCCCAGGGCACCACUGCUUCCCCAUUCUCGGCGUCCCGUCCGCUUGCCUCGAUGGCUGGUGCAUCCACGGCUGCAGCCGCCGCAGCGCAGGCUGCCGUUGCUCCUCUGUUGCCUAAUGGUUUACAUGACGUCCACACAACCAUGCAUGCUCCCGAUGCAUUGUUGCAUGUACUUGACACCAACCCAUCUACUAUGUUGCAUGGUAUUGCCCCUCCGCCACAACCGAUCUACGGCGCUGCUGCGUAUGGCGCUUCUCCUUCUACCGACCCGUGGUGGCUUCCCACGCCAUACGGCGGCCAGCCACCACUGGUCCAUGGCGCUCAGCACGCCUCGCUGGCCUACGGCGCCCAGCAGCCCCCGUCGGCUCAUGGCACCCAACCGCCAUCGGAGGCCCACAGCGUUGUUUCCUACGGCGUCUUUGCCCCGACAGCCGGUCUCUACGGCGCCGCCCCAGCUAGUCCGUGGCCGACUUCGUCUGCUCUGUCGUUGGCCUACGCCUACCCGACAGCCUCAGUGACCGCGCCUCCUUCUGGCGCGUCCUCUUCAUACGGGGUGCCCUACGGCAGCCCGUCGGCGGAGUUGGUGGCUUCCUCCGUGCUACCGAGUGGUUCUUCCCCUUCGGGCUUUUAUGCACCGUCACCAUCAUCGGAUCACGGUGUACCUGCUCCGCCGUUUGACUUCGCGCAUCUCAUCCCCGUGAAGCUGACGACGGAUAACUACCUGUUGUGGCGUGCUCAGGCAUUGGAUCGGCAACUUGUUGAAUGA